GAGUACGUAUUCCUGGUGAUUUUUACUGUGGAGACGGUGCUCAAGAUCGUGGCCUACGGGCUGGUGCUCCACCCCAGCGCCUACAUCCGCAAUGGCUGGAACCUACUCGACUUCAUCAUCGUCGUGGUCGGGCUGUUCAGCGUGCUGCUGGAGCAGGGCCCCGGACGGCCAGGCGACGCCCCGCACACCGGGGGAAAGCCAGGAGGCUUCGAUGUGAAGGCAUUGAGGGCGUUUCGGGUGCUGCGGCCACUGAGGCUGGUGUCUGGGGUCCCGAGCCUGCACAUAGUGCUCAAUUCCAUCAUGAAGGCUUUGGUGCCGCUGCUACACAUUGCACUGCUCGUGCUCUUCGUCAUCAUCAUUUAUGCCAUCAUUGGGCUCGAGCUGUUCCUUGGACGAAUGCACAAGACGUGCUACUUCCUGGGAUCCGACAUGGAAGCGGAGGAGGACCCAUCGCCCUGUGCGUCUUCGGGAUCGGGGCGUGCGUGCACGCUGAACCAGACUGAGUGCCGCGGGCGCUGGCCAGGGCCCAAUGGAGGCAUCACCAACUUUGACAACUUCUUCUUCGCCAUGCUGACAGUCUUCCAGUGCGUCACCAUGGAAGGCUGGACCGAUGUGCUCUACUGGAUGCAAGAUGCCAUGGGGUAUGAACUGCCCUGGGUGUACUUUGUGAGCCUUGUCAUCUUUGGGUCCUUCUUCGUCCUCAACCUUGUGCUUGGCGUCCUGAGUGGGGAGUUCUCCAAGGAGAGAGAGAAAGCGAAAGCUCGAGGGGACUUCCAGAAGCAGCGGGAGAAGCAGCAGAUGGAGGAGGACCUGCGGGGAUACCUGGACUGGAUCACUCAAGCUGAAGAGCUGGACAUGGAGGACCCCUCUGCCGAUGGCAACCUUGGUUCUAUGGCUGAAGAGAGCCGGGCGGGCCAUCGUAGGCAACUCCAAUCUGGCCCAUUCCCUGCAUGCCUUAGAUGUGGUCUACAUGGCCCUAACCCUGCCCCCAGUAUGUCCUCCCUAAUUGUCCUUUCUCUCCCUGCAGGGCCACAGCUGGCCAAGCUGACCAAUAGGAGGCGUGGACGUCUGCACUGGUUCAGUCUUUCUACUCGCUCCACACACUCCACCAGCAGCCAUGCCAGCCUCCCAGCCAGUGACACCGGUUCCAUGACAGAGACCCAAGGCGAUGAGGAUGAGGAGGAGGGGGCUCUGGCCAGCUGUACACGCUGCCUAAACAAGAUCAUGAAAACCAGGGUCUGCCGCCACCUCCGCCGAGCCAACCGGGUCCUUCGGGCACGCUGCCGUCGGGCUGUGAAGUCCAAUGCCUGCUACUGGGCUGUGCUGUUGCUCGUCUUCCUCAACACAUUGACCAUCGCCUCUGAGCACCACGGGCAGCCUGUGUGGCUCACCCAGAUCCAGGAGUACGCCAACAAAGUGUUGCUCUGUCUGUUCACGGUGGAGAUGCUUCUCAAGUUGUACGGUCUGGGCCCCUCUGCCUAUGUCUCUUCCUUCUUCAACCGCUUUGACUGCUUCGUGGUCUGUGGGGGCAUCCUAGAGACCACCUUGGUGGAGGUGGGCGCCAUGCAGCCCUUGGGCAUCUCAGUGCUCCGAUGUGUGCGCCUCCUCAGGAUCUUUAAGGUCACCAGACACUGGGCUUCUCUGAGCAAUCUGGUGGCAUCCCUGCUCAAUUCAAUGAAAUCCAUCGCAUCUUUGCUGCUUCUCCUCUUCCUCUUCAUCAUUAUCUUCUCCCUGCUUGGCAUGCAGCUGUUUGGGGGCAAGUUCAACUUUGACCAGACCCACACCAAGCGAAGCACCUUUGACACAUUCCCCCAGGCCCUCCUCACUGUCUUUCAGAUCCUGACAGGCGAGGACUGGAACGUGGUCAUGUAUGAUGGUAUCAUGGCAUAUGGUGGCCCCUUCUUCCCAGGAAUGCUGGUGUGCAUCUAUUUCAUCAUUCUCUUCAUCUGUGGCAACUACAUCCUGUUGAACGUGUUUCUUGCCAUUGCUGUGGACAACCUGGCCAGUGGAGAUGCAGGCACUGCCAAGGACAAGGGCGGGGAGAAGAGCAGUGAGAAGGACCUCCCACAGGAGAAUGAAGGCCUGGUGCCUGGUGUGGAGAAAGAGGAAGAGGAGGGUGCAAGGAGGGAAGGAGCAGGCAAGUGGGCAGGGCCAGGUGGAGCAGACAUGGAGGAGGAGGAGGAGGAAGAAGAAGAGGAAGAAGAGGAAGAGGGUGCAGGGGGUGUGGAACUCCUGCAGGAAGUUGUACCCAAGGAGAAGGUGGUACCCAUCCCUGAGGGCAGCGCCUUCUUCUGCCUCAGCCAAACCAACCCGCUGAGGAAGGGCUGCCACACCCUCAUCCACCAUCACGUCUUCACCAAUCUUAUCCUGGUGUUCAUCAUCCUCAGCAGUGUGUCCCUGGCCGCUGAGGACCCCAUCCGAGCCCACUCCUUCCGCAACCAUAUUCUGGGUUACUUCGAUUAUGCCUUCACCUCCAUUUUCACUGUGGAGAUUCUACUAAAGAUGACAGUGUUUGGGGCCUUCCUGCACCGCGGCUCCUUCUGCCGUAGCUGGUUUAAUAUGUUGGAUCUGCUGGUGGUCAGUGUGUCCCUCAUCUCCUUUGGCAUCCACUCCAGCGCCAUCUCGGUGGUGAAGAUUCUGCGAGUACUCCGAGUACUGCGGCCCCUCCGAGCCAUCAACAGGGCCAAGGGACUCAAGCAUGUGGUGCAGUGUGUAUUUGUGGCCAUCCGGACCAUCGGGAACAUCAUGAUUGUCACCACACUUCUGCAAUUUAUGUUCGCCUGCAUCGGGGUGCAGCUCUUCAAGGGGAAAUUCUACACCUGCACGGAUGAGGCCAAACACACCCCUCAAGAAUGCAAGGGCUCCUUCCUGGUGUACCCAGAUGGAGAUGUGUCACGGCCCCUGGUCCGGGAGCGGCUCUGGGUCAACAGUGAUUUCAACUUUGACAAUGUUCUUUCAGCCAUGAUGGCCCUGUUCACUGUCUCCACCUUUGAAGGCUGGCCUGCACUGCUAUACAAGGCCAUCGAUGCAUAUGCAGAGGACCACGGCCCCAUCUAUAAUUACCGUGUGGAGAUCUCAGUGUUCUUCAUUGUCUACAUCAUCAUCAUUGCGUUCUUCAUGAUGAACAUCUUCGUGGGCUUCGUCAUCAUCACUUUCCGUGCCCAGGGCGAGCAGGAGUACCAAAACUGUGAGCUGGACAAGAACCAGCGUCAAUGUGUGGAAUAUGCCCUCAAGGCCCAGCCACUCCGCCGUUACAUCCCCAAGAACCCGCAUCAGUAUCGUGUGUGGGCCACUGUGAACUCUGCUGCCUUCGAGUACCUGAUGUUCCUGCUCAUCCUGCUCAACACAGUUGCCCUAGCCAUGCAGCACUAUGAGCAGACUGCUCCCUUCAACUAUGCCAUGGACAUCCUCAACAUGGUCUUCACUGGCCUCUUCACUAUUGAGAUGGUGCUCAAAAUCAUCGCCUUCAAGCCCAAGCAUUACUUCACUGACGCCUGGAACACGUUUGACGCUCUUAUUGUGGUGGGCAGCGUAGUGGAUAUUGCCGUCACUGAAGUCAAUGUGAGAACUGCAUCCCUACUGCACCCCUCACCCCAGAGCUCUGAGGACAGCUCUCGCAUUUCCAUUACCUUCUUUCGCCUCUUCCGAGUCAUGCGGCUGGUCAAGCUUCUCAGUAAGGGUGAAGGGAUCCGCACAUUGCUCUGGACAUUCAUCAAGUCCUUCCAGGCCUUGCCCUAUGUGGCUCUUCUCAUCGCAAUGAUAUUCUUCAUCUAUGCCGUCAUUGGCAUGCAGAUGUUUGGCAAGGUGGCUCUUCAGGAUGGCACACAAAUAAACCGAAACAACAACUUCCAGACCUUUCCACAGGCUGUGCUGCUUCUGUUCAGGUGUGCCACUGGUGAGGCAUGGCAGGAGAUAAUGCUUGCCAGCCUUCCCGGAAAUCGGUGUGAUCCUGAGUCUGACUUCGGCCCUGGUGAAGAGUUUACCUGUGGUAGCAAUUUUGCCAUCGCCUAUUUCAUCAGCUUCUUCAUGCUCUGUGCCUUCCUGAUCAUAAAUCUCUUUGUGGCUGUGAUCAUGGACAACUUUGAUUAUCUCACCAGAGAUUGGUCCAUCCUGGGCCCCCAUCACCUUGAUGAAUUCAAGAGGAUCUGGUCUGAAUAUGACCCUGGGGCCAAGGGCCGCAUCAAACACUUGGAUGUGGUUGCCCUGCUGAGACGUAUCCAGCCCCCUCUGGGAUUCGGGAAGCUGUGCCCACACCGAGUGGCCUGCAAGAGACUUGUGGCAAUGAACAUGCCCCUCAACUCAGAUGGGACGGUGACAUUCAACGCCACACUCUUUGCCCUGGUCCGGACAUCCCUGAAGAUCAAAACAGAAGGGAACCUGGAGCAAGCCAACCAGGAGCUGCGGAUUGUCAUCAAAAAGAUCUGGAAGCGGAUGAAACAGAAGCUGUUAGAUGAGGUCAUCCCCCCACCAGACGAGGAGGAGGUCACCGUGGGCAAAUUCUACGCCACAUUUCUGAUCCAGGACUAUUUCCGCAAAUUCCGGCGGAGGAAAGAAAAAGGGCUACUAGGCAAUGAGGCCGCCCCUAGCACCUCCUCCGCCCUUCAGGCUGGUCUGCGGAGCCUGCAGGACUUGGGUCCUGAGAUGCGGCAGGCCCUCACCUGUGACACAGAGGAGGAGGAAGAAGAGGGGCAGGAGGGAGUGGAGGAGGAAGAUGAGAAGGACUUGGAAACUAACAAAGCCACAAUGGUCUCCCAGCCCCCAACUCGCCGGGGCUCCAGGAUUUCUGUGUCUCUGCCUGUCGGGGACAGACUUCCAGUUUCACUCUCCUUUGGGCCCAGUGAUGAUGAUAGGGGGACUCCCACCUCCAGUCAGCCCAGUGUGCCCCAGGCUGGAUCCAACACCCACAGGAGAGGCUCUGGGGCUCUCAUUUUCACCAUCCCAGAAGAAGGAAAUUCUCAGCCCAAGGGAACCAAAGGGCAAAACAAGCAGGAUGAGGAUGAGGAAGUCCCUGAUCGGCUCUCCUACCUAGAUGAGCAGGCAGGGACUCCCCCGUGCCCAGUCCUUUUGCCACCUCACAGAGCUCAGAGAUACAUGGAUGGGCACCUUGUACCACGCCGCCGUCUGCUGCCCCCCACACCUGCAGGUCGGAAGCCCUCCUUCACCAUCCAGUGUCUGCAGCGCCAGGGCAGUUGUGAGGAUUUACCCAUCCCAGGCACCUAUCAUCGUGGGCGAAAUUCAGGGCCCAAUAGGGCUCAGGGUUCCUGGGCAACACCACCACAGCGGGGUCGGCUCCUGUAUGCCCCGCUGUUGUUGGUGGAAGAGGGUGCAGCGGGGGAGGGGUACCUCGGCAGAUCCAGUGGCCCACUGCGCACCUUCACCUGUCUGCACGUGCCUGGAACCCACUCGGACCCCAGCCAUGGGAAGAGGGGCAGUGCCGACAGCUUGGUGGAGGCUGUGCUUAUCUCAGAGGGUCUGGGCCUCUUUGCUCGAGACCCACGUUUCGUGGCCCUGGCCAAGCAAGAGAUUGCAGAUGCGUGUCGCCUGACGCUGGAUGAGAUGGACAAUGCUGCCAGUGACCUGCUGGCACAGGGAAACAGCUCUCUCUAUAGCGAUGAGGAGUCCAUCCUCUCCCGCUUCGAUGAGGAGGACUUGGGAGACGAGAUGGCCUGCGUCCAUGCCCUCUGAAUUCCCACCCCUCCCCAACUGCUCAAUAAACCUCCUGCCCUCCCCUCC